AUGAGCUUCUACCGCACCGCCCAGGAGAUCCGCGUCGUCGACGGCCACAUCCUCGUUGCCGUCGUGGAACAGGAGGGCGGCAACUGGGACGAGUCUACCUUCGACCUCAACGAGUGCAUUGGAAACGACGAGGGUCGUUUCCUGUGGGGCGGCCGCGACUUCGCCGGAAGUGCCCAGGACAUCAGCUUUGCUAUUGAGGGUGCCGACAGCGUGCCCGUUCUGAGAGCCCGCCUCGCCAACUCCGAGGGCGAAUGGUUCGAUGCCGAUGUCAACCUGGCCGAGCACAUCACCAACCGCAACGGUGUCCUCGAGUACCAGGAGGAGUCUCUUCUUUAA